AUGCCCCAAACCAAAGAAGCGUCUCUCUCUGCAUCUGAACUUAUGAUGCUGAGAGAAGCAAAACUUGUGGGGGUAGGCCUCAUAACACUCCUCCACUUUAGUUUUCUUUCAUUUUGCGCUGCUAGUGAAAACCAGCCCUGCAGGCCCUCUUCUUGCGGAGAUGUUCAAAACAUCACCAUCCCAUUUCGAUUAAAAGGAGAUCUGCUCGGCUGCGGUCAUCCUGAUCCUGCAUACGAAUUGGUUUGUGAAAACAAUCGUACCAUGUUAUAUGGGAAAUACUAUGUCGAGGAGAUCAAUUACCAGAACUACACCAUCAGAGUAGUGGUUGCUGGGCUAGAGAAGAGCAACUGUUUCUCCCUUCCUCUCUAUUCCUUGACAAUGGAUGAUCUAUAUGUAUAUGAGUAUGAAUAUGCUGAUGAGCUCGAUACUGUAGUUUUUAUGAACUGUGCAAGACCAAUCUUUGAUCAAUACUACAUUCCUAUUGUUCCCUGCAACCGCACCGAUGCUACUUUCUCUUCCUCACAACCAUAUGCUUAUGCGCUAGCUGGGCGCAACCAGCAGGUGAGAGAUCUUCCAUAUUCGUGCACCAUUGGCUUGACUGUUGUCACUGGCAAUUUCAUGGCUGUGUCAGAGCCCAGCAAUCUUUUAAGAUCAGAUUUGCAAGAAAAGCUGCUUAUGGGGCUCCAGAUUUCAUUUUUGAGAUCUCGCUGCCAUGAAUGCGAAGCGAAAGGCAGAUGGUGCUGGCCACAUUUCAGCAACAACACUAUAGAAUGCCUUGGUGAUGAUGGAAGAAACUUCAUGAUAAUCAUUGGAGGACGCUUCGUACUCGGGAUAUCUUGUCUUUUGGGCUAUUUAAUCUACAAGUUUCAACGGAGACAUUUAUCAGUAGAUGAUGAUAUUGAAGAGUUUCUUCAAAAUCACAAAAAUCUCCAACCCAUCAGGUACUCAUAUUCACAUUUAAAGAAGGUAACCAAUAAUUUCAAGAAUAAGUUAGGCCAAGGAGGCUUUGGCUCUGUGUACAAAGGAAUACUUCAGAGUGGCCGCAUUGUAGCAGUAAAAGUAUUAGUCAUUUCAAAAGCCAAUGGACAAGAUUUUAUCAAUGAAAUCGCCACAAUUGGAAGGAUUCACCAUGUUAAUAUAGUACAACUUGUUGGAUUUUGCGUAGAAGGAUCAAAAUGGGCCCUGAUAUAUGACUUUAUGCCAAAUGGGUCACUUGAUAAGUUUAUCUUCCUUAAAGGAGAAAAAAACAUUCCUUUAAGUUGGGAUAGAUUGUACAAAAUUGCACUCGGAGUAGGGCGUGGGAUUGAAUACUUACAUCAAGGGUGUGACAUACAAAUUCUACAUUUUGAUAUCAAGCCACACAAUAUUCUUUUGGAUGAAGACUUUACACCAAAAGUUUCGGAUUUUGGCCUUGCAAAAUUGUAUUCAACAAAUGAAAGUGUUGUUUCUCUCACUGCAGCCCGAGGAACAUUAGGAUACAUUGCUCCAGAGUUGUUUUAUAAAAAUGUUGGGCAUGUGUCGUAUAAGGCUGAUGUUUAUAGCUUUGGAAUGUUGUUGAUGGAAAUGGUGGGAAAACAAAGGCAUUUUAGAAGACAUGAAGAGGAAGAUCUAAGUGAAUUAUUCUUCCCAUCAUGGAUUUAUGAUCGAAUUGAACAAGGAGAAGAUAUGGAAAUGGGAGAUGUCACAGAGGAUGAAAAAAUAUAUAUAUGGAAGAUGGUCAUAGUUGCAUUGUGGUGUGUGCAAAUGAAGCCCAUGGACCGUCCUUCUAUGAGCAAAGCACUCGACAUGUUGGAAGGUGAUGUUGAACUAUUGCAACUACCUCCUAAACCUACCUUAUAUUCUCAUGAAAUAUCAGCUUUGGAUCUGGAGAACAAACCAAUGGGGGUUCCAAUUUCCUCACAUAAUGCAAGUAUUACAAUUAGCUUAGAUGGGAGGUAA